AUGGAGAAGCAAGCUGCGGUCGUCAUCUCAAGCGAGCAGUACCGCGAUUGGGACUGCUCCACCUGGUUCAGGGAUGAUCUCGGCACCUCGGCAGUGUGGAUCACGGAUCCACGAAGAGUCCGUAUACGGGCUGCCGCGGGACACGUCUGGGUCACCAGCGGUGUCCUCACGUACGUCUGCUGCUAUCUGUCCCCGAAUGAUAGCAUCUCCGAAUUUCGGGGAAAGCUCGACGUGCUGGAGGACACCCUACGCGACAAGUCCGGUGGGCUUGUCGUGGCUGGUGACUUCAACGCCCGAGCCUGCGAGUGGGGGAUGCCUGGCCCCGACACGAGGGGGAGGUUAGUGGACGAGAUAGCCUCCAGACUGGGACUCGUCGUGUUGAACGUGGGGUCAACGCCGACGUACCGACGCCCUGGAUUCGGAGACUCGAUACCGGAUGUCACCCUGGUGUCUGAGGAUCUGGUCCAGAGAGCGGCGAACUGGAGGGUGAUUGGUGAUUUCACCGGUAGCGAUCAUAGCUACAUCACCUUCCAGUUGAUCGGCGAGCGGCAAGCGCAGCCUCCGGGGAUUAGACGCCCGAGAGGAUACGUCACCUCUCGCCUGGAUGAGGAUAGGCUCUACGUCACUCUCCGGGCGGGCGUGGAGGCCGUGCCGCAGACCCCGCGUGACCCGUCCGAUAGAGCGGGUGCCGAAGCCAUCGUACGCGGCACCCUUAACCUCAUCCGACGAGCAUGCGACGAGUCAAUGCCAAGGAGAGGCCAUUCUCCGGCCGGCGGCAGGCGUUCUCAACGAGCUCGAAGUCGACCGGAGGCCGCCGCGCUGUCGGAGGACUACAAGGCGGCCAAGAAAGCCUUAACUC